AUGGAUCCCAGCUUCAUUUUCGAGAGGCCUGAUCUGCACUGGGUGAAUGUCGGCUUUUUUCCCGGUGAACGCCAUCUGAGCGAUGAGCGCAUCCUUCGGCGAUUAAAAGCCUGUAUUGUUGACCGUUCUGCCAGCCUCAGCACAGAGCCAAUGUGCACUUGUCACCCCAACUAUGUGUCUGUUGAGGUUCCUGGCAAGUUCACUAGUGUAGCAGGGAUCUAUGGGGCUGCCGAGGGUAUUGUCAAAGGCUGGUUAAACUACAUACCACAUUUAGAAGGACUUCCAUUCGACCGGAACAUAAUCUUUCGAGACGUCCCUUCAACGGAGCUGAUUCUUCGUCGGCAUGGUAUUUCGAGUCUCCUGGUUACUCAGUCCACUGACUUCUCAGCCUGA